CGCGGCGGGGGAGGGAGGGUCGGUCCCUGCUCGGCCUGGUCCCUGCUCGGCCCGGUCCCUGCUCGGCCCGGUGGCACGGGGGGCUUGGGCCGAAUCGCGGUCCGGAGCCCUGGCCAGAUUCCCUGACUGGAGAGAGUGGGCCCGGCCGCCGCCCGGGAGCGGUCCCUGGGAUGCGGCCACAGCGACGGACCAGCUGGUUGGGUUUGGCUUGGUCGCCUUCAGCCUCGUCCUCUUUGUUUACUACACCCUCUGGAUCAUCGUACUGGUACGGGAUUCCUCUGGCCAGUAUAAGCCCAGUCACUCCAUACUCAGGUGUUUCCCCGCCCUUUGUUCAGCCCUUCAUGGACAGUGACCAUGGGAUCCACCAGUUCUUCCUGCCUCGGGAAUAUGCAGUUAUCAUCCCCGUGGCAGCCGGGCUGCUGCUGCUGCUAUUUAUAGGUGUUUUUAUAAUGUUUUUCAUGUGGAAGAGCAGGAAACAUACCAAGAAAUCAGACUGAAGGCCCAGCUGAGGAGAUGAGGAGGUGCCCACGCUGCAGCAUCAUAGCCAGGAACAGACUUUUCCUGCAGCUCCAGGCAGACAUCUCCAAGGUGUCAGCACUGAGCUGCUCCCACGUUCCUUCCUGCAGAGACUAAACCUGUAGUUUACAAUUCACUGACCAAAGAGAAGCAGGAUUCAUCCAAGGCUCAUCAAGAGAGGGACCAGAGCCCCUGCUGAGGGACCUGCUCCCCAGCUGGGGCUGCCCUGCCCGCUCCCUGGGCACUCCUUCCCUUCAGCUCUGGCUCGGCCCAGUAGUUUGCUCCUUCUGGGAAUUUUAUUUAAAAGUUUACCUACAGUUUGUGGGGUUUUUUUGAUUCUAGUCUGAAAGGAGAGAAAUGAGACUUUGGGCUUGGAAAGGACAGGUUUGCCUUCUCCAUUUGCUUCUGGAAGGGCUAAUCACAGUGCUGGGGGCUCUUGCUCUUCUGAAAAGGGACUCCCAUGAGGCUGGGUGUGCAGAGGAUGCAGGGACAGUGCUGCUCCCUGUGUCCCACCAAGCUGAGGGGGUGGUGAGAUGUCCUGGAUCACAGGGAAGUGUUGGGUGUGGUUCCCAUCACAGCUCUCAGUCCUGGCUGGAUUCUUGCCCUGGACAGGGCUCCAUGUGCCAGUCAGGCUGGGGCUGAGCAGGCAGGUGUGGUGGCAGUGUCCUUCCCCUGGGGGGUUCCUCUCCUGGCAGCAGCUGCUGCCCUGGCAGCUCCCCUGGACCAUGGCAAGCGGGACCACCCUCAAUAAAGGUCUGUAAGGUCUCA